UGUUCAUUCACUAAGAUAUGAGUCUUACUCGCUAUGUGAAGGCUUAUAGUAUUUCCCGUUACUCAGGUUCACCUAGGUGGAGGAGGAAUUGAACCUCAAGCAUGUUGUUUGCAACCGAAAUGUAUAAACCAAUUAGCUGCUGACUGACUGUUGGUUUGAUCCCUGACUACCUUUCGGCUUUGUUUAUUGAGAAAGUUCAAACACAUGGCUAUGAACACUAAAUAUUAAGGCACAGAAUCUAUGACGAUAGCACCAAUGAAUUCACACGUAAUCGUUAUCCUGUAUUUUAUUUGCCCUACCCCCUUUUUCCCAUUAUUUUUCUUGUAACUUUAUCCUAAUACUUUAUUUUCUUUCUCUUACUUUUUACCUGAAUGUUCUGACAUGAGAUGCAUCAAUCUAGACCGUCACUUAGUAAUUCCAGAUCCUUUUCUGAAUAGUAUUGAUUUAUGUUUGCAAAGGCUAACGAUAAUUUGCUACCCACUCGAGCAAAGUAGUUAAUAUUGGUUCAAACACUUUAUUUACACAUUAGUUACAAAUGUUAUGUAAAAAUAAAAAAAAUAACUGUUUCUCAUCCCCUUUUUGUAGAAUGAAUGAAUUUUCGGCUCUGUAUGAUGAUGUUUGCCGGCAUGUAUCUCAUUCUAUUGAGCAAGCUUUAAGACCAUUUGAAGGCAUCGAUACCGUCGCCACUCAUGCUGGUUAUAAUCCAAUACCUUUAGAAGAAGUGGGCCGCCCUGUUGUUCCGCCGAUAACUUUAUCUACUACCUUCCAACAACUUUCUCCUGGAGUAGCAAAGUAUGAUUAUUCCAGAUCUGGAAAUUUUUCUCGAGAAUGCCUGGAAAGAUGCAUAGCAGCUUUAGAGAACGGUGAUAGUUGUUCGGUAUUCAGUUCAGGUCUCGCAGCUUUAGCAACUGUUAUUCAGGUUCUGUCACAUGGAGAUCAUGUAGUUGCAUUCGAUGAUCUAUAUGGAGGUAAUGGACGAUAUUUACGCCAAUUGGCUACAAAAUUUGGUAUAAAAUCUACUUUUGUUGAUAUGCGUGACUUGAAGUUAUUCCGUGAGGCUAUACAAGAAAAUACGCGUUUAGUUCUUGUGGAAACCCCAUCAAAUCCACUAAUGCGUUUGGUGGACAUAGAUAUAAUAUCAUCAAUUACACAUGAAUUCAAUAGAGAAAUCAUUGUUGUUGUUGAUAACACUUUCAUGAGCUCUUAUUUUCAGCGUCCACUUGAUCACGGAGCAGAUGUUGUUUUACACUCUCUGACAAAGUAUAUGAAUGGGCACUCUGAUUUAGUUAUGGGUGCAUUAAUAACACGUAAUCGUCCAGAACUACACAAGCAGCUUAGAUUCAUACAGUUUGCUGGUGGAGCUGUUCCAUCUCCCUUCGAUUGUAUGCUGUGUCUCAGAGGAUUGCGUACACUGCCAGUACGAAUGAAAGCGCAUAUGCGAAACGGACUUAUAGUGGCCAUGAUGCUUGAUAAACAUCCUCUGAUAGAAAAAGUUUUACAUCCAGGCUUGAAAUCAUUUCCUCAACAAGAUGUGAUUGCAAAACAAAUGCAUGGUUUUAGCGGCAUGAUAACUGUUUAUCUACGAUGCACAGGUGAACAAACUAAAAUGUUUGUUACCAACCUAAAGAUCUUUACUCUGGCUGAGAGUUUAGGUGGUUAUGAAAGUCUCAUUGAAAUCCCGUGUAUUAUGACACAUGCAUCCGUCCCAGUGGAAAUUCGUGAAGCUAACAAAAUCACCGAGAAUAUGGUUCGUUUAUCAAUAGGCUUGGAAGAUCCAAAAGACUUAUCAUUAGAUCUUUACGAAGCAUUGGAUAAACUGAACUUUCAUUCUAAAGAGACAUAA